AUGUGGAAAAAAGAGUUUGCUUCUUUUGAAAUAGUUGAUCAUUCUUCCCAAUUGGUUAUGGGACAGCUCAACAUCAAUGCUUUGGGCAUAUGGAACAUUGCAACUGUCUAUGGAGGUAAAGAUGCUCAAACCCGUAAAUCACUUUGGAACAAGCUUGAAGAUUAUAUGAGUGGUGAUGAGCCAGGUAUCAUAGGAGGGGAUUUCAAUUGUAUCCUCUCUAAGGAGGAUAAGAGGGGUGGUAAGAGGUUCCAUCUAUCAAAUGGGUCUAAAGAUAUGAAGAAAUUUAUGGUGAAUAAUGACUUCCAUGAUAUAGGAUUUGUGGGUCCUAGCUAUACAUGGUGUAAUAACAAGAAAGGGAAUUCUAGAAUUUGGGAGAGACUUGACAAGUGUCUUUUAAAUUCUACUGCUCUUCACAAUAUUCCUAUGGCUAUGGUGUGUCACUUGCCUAUAGAUGCUUCGGAUCAUGCUCCUAUCUCUAUCAAUUUAGUAGAAAAUCAAAACCAGAUAUUGGGUUUCUUAAGAUUUGAAGACACUUGGAAGAGUUAUCCAGCCACUUGGAACAUUAUACUCAAAGCUUGGAAAAAAAUGGAUUUAGGGUCUAGUGCUGAAAUUCUUCAAAGGAAGUUAAAAAGGUCUAUUAAAGCUCUUUAUUACUGGAAUAAAAACAAGUGUAAGGAGCUGAAUUCUUUAAGGGAUGAAUUGAAGAAAGACAUUUUACUGUUACAAAUUGAAGAAGCUAGUGAAGGAGGCUUAACGGUUGAUAAGUUGACUUUGUUGAGGAAUAAAGUUCAUGAUCUUAAUGUUACUUUGAUUAGGCUUCCCACUUGGUGGAAUCAAAGAUCCAAAAUCAGAUGGCAGCAAGUUGGGGACAUCAACUCUAAUUAUUUUCAUCAGUAUGCUUUGGCUAAGAGGAACAAAAACAUGAUUUGGGAGAUUAAAGAUGAGAGUGGGACUGUGGUGGAAUAUUUGGAGUAA